UGCGUGGGAAGGACGUGCUUCCAUGCGCAGUGUUCGGCGCGAAAUUCAAACUCGCACAUGUGAUUCUGAUUUGUAUUUGGAUUUAUUGUGUUUUGUGACUGUUUAUUGUAGGAAUUUUACUAAUUAUGGAAGUAGUUUUUGUAAUAUGAAAAGAAAACGGGAACGCUAUGGGAAAGUGCUUCAAGAUCUAUCAAGACUUACUAACAUCACACUGAAAAUGUGGUAGAAGACGACCGAAAUGGAAAUUUUGGGAGUGGUGACGUCAUUGUUGAGCAUACUUUGCUGUUGUUAUAUAGGUCCAGCACAGGGGGGACUAAACGAUGAUUAUACGGGUGGUGGCGAGGCUCCUUAUAUUAUUGAACAACCGUUAGACGUCACUGUAGCCCGUCAUCAGCCAGCUACUCUGAACUGCCGCGCUGGCGGCUCACCGAGUCCUUCUAUAAGAUGGUACAAAGGAGGAGUACUUGUGGUAUCUGAUACUCACAGAAGCCUGUUGCCGGCUGGUGGAUUGUUCUUUCUAAGAGCAACACAUGGUCGAGCUCAUUCUGAUGCUGGAGUGUAUUGGUGUGAAGCAACCAAUCCAUAUGGCACAGCGAGGAGUAGAAAUGCAACUUUACAUGUAGCAGUGCUUCGGGAAGAUUUUAGAUUAGAGCCAAUUACUACACAAACGGCACAAGGCGAAACUGUGAUAUUGGAGUGUACUCCACCACGAGGGUCACCAGAACCAGCUGUUUAUUGGAAAAAGAAUGGGCAGACACUACACUUUGAUGGUGACUCCAGGAUGCAUUUAGUAGAUGGAGGCAGCCUUGUAAUACAAGACGCAAGGCAAACCGACGCUGGUAGAUAUCAAUGCAUUGCAAGGAAUGCAGCUGGCAAGAGAGAAUCUGCUAUUGCCACGCUCAAAAUACACAUUAAGCCGUACUUAAUCACGGGGCCUGAGGACGUCGUAGCACAAACUGGGGGUAGUGUAACGUUCCAAUGUCGAGUGGGUGGUGAUCCAUUACCUGAUGUGCUGUGGCGAAGAACUGCUGGAGGUGGAAAUAUGCCACUGGGUCGCGUUAAAGUGCUGGACGAUAGAAGUCUUAGGCUCGAUAACGUGAUUUUAGCAGACGAAGGGGAAUAUACAUGUGAAGCUGAUAAUUCUGUGGGGGCUGUAAGCGCCAGUGGAUAUUUAACGGUAUAUGAUCCCCCGUCAAUUACAUUAGAACCAAAUAAUAUAAAUGUUGAAAGUGGUUCAGUGGUAAAAUUUACAUGCAAAUCUUCUGGGAGACCAGAACCUACUAUGUUCUGGAGUUUGGAAGGAAAUAGAACAAUAAUAUUCCCUGGUACAUCCAAAGAUAAAUAUCAUGCUUCGCUAGUACUUGAUGGAGUUACUAUAUUAACAAUCAACGACACGAAUAAAAAUGACAGUGGAAACACGAUAGUUUGUUCUGCGGUAAACUUUGCCGGCAGUUCGUUUGCCAGAGGGAAACUAAGCGUGACGUCAGACGAUGACCGCCCACCGCCAAUCAUAACAAAUGGUCCCUCUAACCAAACGUUACCUUUAAAAUCGAUGGCGGUAUUCCCCUGCACUGCUGUCGGUACACCUGAACCAAUUAUUGCUUGGUAUUUCGAAGGGGAAGCAUUAACACAAAAUCAUAAAAGAAAUAUCUCUAAUGAUGGAACUCUAAUAUUGAAAGAUUUAGAUAAAAGUGACAGCGGCACAUAUACGUGUGUUGCCUCGUCUCAACAUGGAAAAUAUGUUUGGAGUGGGGUUUUGCUCGUAGAUAGUCCGAUGAAUCCAAAUAUCCAUUUCUUUCGAGCUGCUGAUGCCUCAGCUUUACCAGGACCGCCAACAAAGCCUCAACUUAAUAACAUUACUGACACUAGUGUAACGUUAUCUUGGAAUCAGAACAACAAAAUUGGAUCUUCUUCUAUCUUAGGUUAUCAAAUAGAAGUGUUUCCUAGGGAAACACUAUCAGGAAAUAGCACUCCCAGAAAUUCUCGUGGAUGGAUAGUAAUAGCCAAACGAGUUCAUAAAACUCAAUAUGUUGCAAAAUCACUUAUACCUGGAGUAACCUACAUGUUCAUAGUAAGGGCUGAAAAUUCUCAUGGACUGUCUGGACCGAGUCCUAUAUCUGAUUCCAUAACUAUGGGUGAAGACACAAACUCUAUGUGGGAAACUGGUAUGUUUUCUAAUAAUACAGAGUUUAGAAAUAAUAUUUUGACAGAUAAUAUCGUUGAGUUAAUAGAAGCAACACCAAUUGAUGCUAAAACAAUAAAGUUAAUGUGGGAAAUAUUGAACUUUUACUACUUGGAAGGAUUAUUUAUAUAUUUUAGACCUCUGGAUAAUAUUACGACCGAAUACGAAAUGAAAACUAUUCUGCAUUCCAAUGAUGUAUCCGGAUAUGAAAUAACUUCUUUGAGAAAAUACACAAAAUACGAGUUUUUCCUUAUACCCUUUUAUAAGAGAUUUGAGGGAAAACCGUCCAAUUCUAGGAUGGCACAAACUUUAGAUGACGCUCCUGAUGGGCCUCCAAUAAAUAUAGAAAUGUUUAUUUUUAAUACUACAACAGUGCAUUUAAAAUGGUCACCACCAGAAUUAUAUUUACAAAAUGGUGUAAUAACUGGUUACAAUGUUAUAGUAAACUGGCUAGACAUUCCGGCUAAUAAAUCUAUGGUAGCUAUUAAUACUACCGUCCACCAGGCAACGAGUCUUAUUAUGACAAAUUUGACGUCAGGGGUCAGCUAUUCAGUCCAAAUUGCUGCAGAAACUAUUGUUGGAUUGGGACCAUUUAGUCAGAAAGUAUAUUUCAAUAUAGAUUCUCGGUCUGUAGGAUUAGAUCCUUUAUCAAGAUACCCCAUAAAUGGAGAGGUUUCAAUAGUUGCAGGAGACUUUAUGAUGGAAACAUGGUUUUAUAUUUUGAUUGGCGCAAUUAUAUUAUUCAAGAUAAUAGUUAUUAGUGGCAUUAUAUAUAUACGACGGAACAACAUUUUUGCAAAAAAAUCUGCGCUUCCGAAUAUUUAUGAUUCAAAUGGAACCAGCUUAGUGACCCAAAUGAAUAUAAAAGCUGCAGUGUCUUUAUCACAUCCACUUACUAGUUGUUAUAAUAAAAACACUGUAACCAAGACUGAGUCAUUGCUCUGGAUGGAAAAUCAGCCAGGGUUGUGUAUGACUACUAAUCAAAAUAAUCAAAGCAAAGAAAAAGUAAAUUCUGAAUAUGACAAAGUCACUCAACAAUUACCCGAGUAUGCAGAAGUGACUUCUUCAAGAGCUAAUCCAAAUGAAUGGAAUACGAGCAAGACAGCAAACUCUCCGGCUGCCUAUGCUUCUGUAACACUAGUCGCUAAUACAAGGCAGUGUGUUAGCUCAUUGGGUUGGUUCCCGCCUGGAAGUAAAAAUGUAGAUUCUUACGAUAACCGGUACGCCCCAGAAGAGGAAAUGUAUCCAGCCAGUAAUGGAGGAUAUUAUAAUCGAAACGUUUAUAGUGAGAAAUACUUCCAAGGUCAUCCUAAUAUAUUGAAGUUUUACGACUUACCGUCAAUGGAUAAACCGCAAAAGGCACAGUUAAGAUACAACCAGAGUUUAGACGACAGAAAAGGAGAUAAAACGAAGACUGACGCAACUCAGUCCUUAAUAGGUAGAACAUAUGGAAUUAAUUCACGAAAAAAUUCAGAGACUGAAACAACUUAUAGAGCAUUUGGAGGAGAUGAGUCUGAUGAUGAAAAUUAUACAGAAGAUGGAGGUUAUGAUGAGCUGCAAGCAAUGCAGCCUCAGAGACAAAGACCGCAGCAUCAGUACGAAAGGCCUAAUUUUGACAACGAUGGUACUCGGACGCUGGCUAGGCUGACAUCGUUCAGACAUGGGCAGGGGGUCCUUUCUACACAGUCAUCACUUGCACCGUCGCAUCCCCCACCAGCGCCACAUCCCCGGGUCGAUUCCGUAACCCGGUAGUAUCACGCCUUGCCGGUUUUCGGCGACCUGUGCCAAACGGAUGUAUAGACCUAUAUUUUUCUUAUAAGUGUAGUGACGUCACUAUGAGAGAUCGCAGUUCUUCCUCACGUUGUACAGUUUUCGGUGUAUAUUCGUGUAAAGAACUUUUCCUUUAUUUGACAGUGGAGUUUGUUUUGAAUUUUUUUAAGACUCUUUUGGCUUGUAUAGGCCAGUGUUAUUUUGGAAACGGUUACUAAUGUGUAAAAAUUAGGCCUAAUGGUUAAAACUACGCCUGUUGACGUGGUGAACAUUAAACAGUUUAAUUUAAUACAUUCUUUUUGUACUUUCUAACUAUUCCUAGUCUUUGUAUAGUAUAUUAAUUGUAAAUAAAUUGUAUCAUAUGUAUUAAUUAAAUUGAUAGAAUAUCGAAUCUCAUUGGAAAUGGUAAUGUUAAUCCAAAUCAAUGUUUAUAAUGUUAUUAUUGGAUUUAAUAGAAUUCAAUUGAUAUGUCCGUCUGAAUAUCAAUAAACGAAUUUGUAACCAUAAUAUCAUUAGUCUAAGUAUAAGUAAAAAUAGAAACUGGAACAAAUUAACGCUUGGCAAUAAUUUGAAAUAACUUACAUUAAAUAUCAACGUAGAAUUGUACAUAAUCUUAAUAACAUAAAAAUAUAAAAAUAGCGGUGAACUCCUUUCGUAGAAUUUUGAGUUUUCGAUUAUAUUUACAAGUAUGUAACUUUUAUUUAUUUUAAUUUAAUUAUUGUAAUAUAAUGUCUUCAGGUUAUAUUAAUUUAGUUUUAAUUUAAUGUGCCAUAAAAAUAUUUUAUAUAUCUAGUUUAGUAACAUUGGAGUUGUGAAAUUUAAUUCAAAUGAUGCUUUUACAAAAUCUAAAGUUAUAAUCUACGUAAUAUAAUGUGAUAUGAGUUGAAUAUAGCCACUUGUUAUGACGUCUAAAUAGCACAUCUUAUAUAAUGGCAUAUCAUCUGUAUUAGGCAUAUAUUAGAUAAAAAAAUGUUAAUAACGGACGAUUUCAUAACUGUUGACAAUCUACUGAAAUAUACUAUAUAAAAAAAGUUACUUGCAUAGAACGUCAACAAUUCCCAAAUUAUACAUGAUAUGCAAUAAAUGUGAAAAUUGUAAAAAAACCGAUAAAUGAUACAGAACCCAUUUUACAUUAUCAAAAAUUAUUAUUAAAAUUGUGAUGUAAUCAAAUGUUUACCUUCUCCCUUACACUAUAUUUUUGUAUAUCAUCUACAUUUUAUUAAUCAGUUUAUUCUAUUACUUAACAGUUAUGCAAUCGUCCCAGAUUUUUUAUUUUGUAUAUAUACAUAUAUAUUCUAAGAUGAUGUUAAUUGCCUUUUUAUACUCCAACUAUCGUACUGAUCUACUUAUGUUUCAAUACUCUUACUAUAAAUUAUUGUUUAAAUAAAUGGAUACCUUGCUUUGCUAUAGGUACAUAAAUAAUGUAUCAUAUAUAGUAGACACUAGGUAUUUGCAAGUGAUUGCUUUCAAUAAAACCAAAAUAAUUUCUAUAGUUCCUAUUCGCACUUUAUUAUGCAAAUAGUAGGUACUUUAAAAGCUAUGUUAUUCGCAAUAAAAUUGACUGGGAAAUUAUAAGUCUCAUUUAUAUGUAUUACAGGUAAUUUACUGCGAUAUUUGCAGUGAAGUGCUGAAUUUAUUAUUAAUAUACAUAUUUUAGUGUUGAUAUGGCAAAACUGCACUGCAUAGUGAAUAUAAAGUUUAUAGUUUAUGUAUGCCCACUUGCAUGUCUAGUUUUUUUUUAACAUUAAUAACCACGGCAAGGUGUCUUUGAUUUUAAUAUAAAUAGAACGGAUUUUAUGUCUCAUCAUUAUAAUAGUGAAUUACUAUUUUUGAGUGCAGGCGACAAACAAAGGUUGGAAAUUUCAAAACAGCAAAUAGAAUCUGAGGAUUUUAAUUUUUGUAUUAGUC